AUGGACGACUUCAGCACAACUCACCAUGUUCCCGGCGCCUUCCCAGAAACGCGUAUCGCUCUGCCGCAAAAGCGAGAGCGUACAACUGCUCUCCCUCAGAUCUUUGUCGCCCCUUCCUCUUCCUUGAAACCACUCGAUGCGCCUGCCAGAUCUCAUAUGCAGGACAUCGAGCCGCCUUCGUCACAGGGGCCGGUGCAAUUUGGAGAAUCCAACGAUGACAUACCGCUCCCCAUCUAUCCGGUAGCCCCACGACUUGAAGACUGUCCAACCACUCAAAUCUUGGAUUCUUCUCUCAAAGCAACACCAUACUUUGAUGGAAAGCUCAGCAUCACCAGAUCUGACGUGGACGCUGUCUCCGAUGAACUUUUCGACCAACUAGCCGUCAAUGCUUUGAACGUUCAGGAUCAUCACAACCCCCAAAACAACACCUCUCAGGAUUGUGCCUCAUGUUCGAGUCUCAAAACUCAGAACACGAUGCUCAAGCAACUCGUGGAAGAAGUACAGGCAGAACGUGAUGAGGCUCUGUCCAGUGUAGGAAGUCUACAGAGAUGGCUCUAUCAGGCCCGCAGAGAUGCCGGCCUGGACGUCCACGGUCAAGACCUCGAUAUGGCAGCAAAGAUCCCCACCACACACCAGUUUACCGACUUCCAGUGUGAUGCAGCUCCUAACAAGAAGAUCAGAACGCUUGAAGCUAAGGUCACUGAUCUCACCGAACAACUUCACAACGCUGGCAAACUGCUACAACACAACAAGAUGAAGGAUGAGCUCAUGGCCUCUUUCGAAACCGCAUUCACCGCUCCGUCAGCAAGAGAUGCUAUGCCUCCCGCUAUCCCGCCUCCUUACGACCUUUCCGAUACAGCAGCUACACUCUUCGCACUGUCAGAGAGACACCUUUGGAGCUGUGCAAAUGAGGUCAGAUCGGUCCAAAACGAGGUUCUCAACCGCUUGGCCGGUCUACCACCUAGCGACAUCGACGCUCGUAUUGGCGAGUUACAAUCAGCGAUCUACAAUGAGGCUCAAGCUCGAGCUCAAGUCGAAGAAAUGGCAAAGUCGGCGGAGAGGAUGGCAGCCGCCGGAGCAGAACAAGCCCCAUUCGACGAAGGCGGUUACAAGAUGAUGCGAAGCCAGAUCGAACGCUACAAGUACGAGAAGAUUUGCAACAUCGUCACAGGUCUUCAAUCUAUCGAAGAGCACAUUGAAGAGCAGAUCACAAUACAUGACCAGGGGCUCAACACUAUCUUGGCAGUCAACGUGCCCACACCAUUGGAAAAGUCCUUCAGCCGCCUUUAUAUGUCAGCAGGGCUCCUCAAAGGUUAUCUUUACGAACUCCAUCAUCUCCGACGAAAUUUCAGUAUGGUCAGAAGUAGUUCCGGUUACGAGACAAUCGGGGCAAGGCUCGAGGUCCUGCGAGAGAAGCUUCGUGAAGAGGCCGAUUGUCGGCGUCAAGCCUGGGCUCUCUUCACGACUACCGAAGCACUGUCACCGGUGCCCACUUGGUUUGACUAUGAAGAGCCCAUCUUUAACUACGCUGUCAUCGCCGAGCAUUCUCACGAGUAUCAAACCACUGUGACAGUCGAGGAGUCAGAAGACGAUCAAAUGGGGCUAUUGACUGCGUUCUCUGACACAGUAUCUGAUGGUCCCGAUGAGCUGGUUACUUACUACACCCCUCAACAUUUCCACGACUAUCGAACCGCUGUCGCAGUCGGAAAGCCAGAAGGCAGUCAAAUGGGGCUAUCCACUGCCUUUUCCGACACGUCCUCUGAUGACUUCGACGAGCUGGUUACUUACUACACCCCUCAAGCAUCUGAUGCUGAGGAGCCUGUUGAGCAACUCAACGCCGCAUCCAUCUUUCACUCCAAGGAAAAAAAGGAUUCCGCCCUCGACAUCAAAGUCCUCCCCUCUUCGCCAAAUACACCAGCAGUCGCACCCCCUGCUCCCACCACUGCUCUCACUCGUGUAACUCUACCGCGUACACCAUCUCCCAAAGGCCCAAUCAAAUGGAACCAUAAGUUUCGCCCUGUCCCAAAAAGCGACCCAGACAGACCGAUCACCCCUUAG